AUGUUGAGGAAUGAAGAAAAGUAUGCAUCGGAUAUGUGGACGACUAACCAUGGCAACAAGAUAUUCAACUGUGAACCUUUUGGACAAUUAUAUUCCUCCUCAGAGACUCAACUUCGAAAAACAUUGUCAAAUUCAAUAAACAAUGUGGAGCAAAAUCAACCCCCAGAUCCUUCCAAGAGCGAAAGAUAUCCCACAAAGUUGUUGAAGAUGCUAUUCUCGACUAGUUUGACAAUCAUUGUUCCUGAAUUUGAUGAUUGCCGGGUUUUGAAAGUAUUUAAUCUCAAACAAGGUCUCAAAAUUGUUGAUUUGGAGUUUGGGUCAAGUAUAGUUGACGUAAAGUUGAAUAGAAAGAGGUUGGUAGUUGUGUUGCUGAAUGGGGAGCUUCAUAUAUACGACUUGAGCUGUAUCAAAUUACUCACGGUGUUGAAGUUAAGUCCAAAUAAUAAUGAUGACACUUUUGUUGGAGAUUUGAGUAUUGAUGACAAAUCUUGGUUAUGCAUACCUGUAAGUGCAAUCCAAGAUGAUGGCAUCUUUAGCAAACAGAGAAGGGAUAGUAUUGCAUCUGCCCACUCGGCUGGGAAAAAUGCAGACGUGGCUCCUCAGCAAACGUGCCUUGACGAUUAUAUCGAAUUGACGCCAAAAGUCAAACAAAGUGAAAACGUGCUUGCAGGCCCAAACAUAACACUCAAAGAUAUCCAAAAUGACAGUGAAGGCUGGCUAAUGGUGUAUGAUGCCCUCAACUUGACUCCCGUAACAAUAUUUAAAGCUCACGAUUCUGCAGUCAACAAGAUUUCAAUAUCUCAGAAAGGUGGCAAAAUUGCCAGUGCUUCGGUCAAGGGGACUAUAGUACGUGUUUUUGACCUUUCCACAGCAGAGGAUGGCAAAGUGGCAUUAAGUCUGGUUAAGAAUUUACGCCGAGGUCAUAAUAUUGCCAAGAUAAAUUCACUCUGUUUUAAUCACAAUGAGACUCUUUUGGGCUGCGGGUCGGAAUCCCAUACUAUACAUUUUUUCAACUUGAUUAAACAAGGGAUCGUCAACGAGGGUUCGAAUGGCGAUUAUGGACACGAAUCUGAUAAUCCAAACAGUUUUAGUGACUAUGAUGACCAAAGUGAUACCGAGAACCAUCGUUCCUCAUCGGAGGAGCUUAAUGAAAGUCUUGCAAACUUGUUAGUCUCAAAGUCGCUAAACACACCAUCCCAAGACCAAGAAGAGGCUAAAACCAAGCGCAAAAAGUCAUGGUUUAGCAAAACCAAGAGCAAAUUCAUGCACAGCCCAUACACAACUUCAUUUUUGAACAAGAUACCGUAUCGUGACUAUCUAGACAAUCUUAUUUGGGAGCCACCAAGACGGUCCUUUGCGUAUAUAAGACUCCCAGAACAUACUCGGAUGGCUGCUGGUAUAGACAAGCAUAACAAGGUGGCAAUUGGGUUCAAUGGACCCCUCAUUUUCAUAGCAUCCUACCAGUCCGGGAAGCUUUACCACUAUCAGAUACCAAAACACGGUACGGGUGCUCGUUCUAUGAUUAAGGACAAUGGAGAGGAAAAGGACAAAAGAGAGGAAUGCUUGCUUUUGGCUCAAGUUCCACAAUUACUCAGACUUUCCAAAUUACAUAUAGCAACCACUUCAAUCAAGUUUCCAUUUUUUAAUCAAAUCAGAAUGUCUCAAUUAUCCACCAACUCGACAUCAGGCUCGUCAGGAGCAGACGAUGCUGUAGUCUUGCAUUCCACCAAGAAUCAUGCCAGAAUCAUAACUUUGAACAGGGUCAAGAAAUUGAACUCGUUAAACACUGAAAUGGUCAACUUGAUUACUCCAGACUUGUUGAAAUACGCAAAAGAACCACAAAACAAUGUCAUCAUAUUAACCUCAAACUCCCCUAAAGCCUUGUGUGCGGGUGGUGAUGUUGCUGAAUGUGCCAAUCAAAUUGUCAAGGGCAAUCCCGGGUACGGGGCUGAUUUCUUUGACAAGGAAUACAACCUCGAUUACUUGAUUUCCACUUUGCCCAAACCAUACAUUUCCUUGAUGGAUGGAAUUACGUUUGGGGGUGGUGUUGGGUUAUCAGUGCACGCUCCCUUCCGUGUGGCCACGGAAAAGACCAGAUUGGCCAUGCCGGAGAUGGACAUUGGUUUUUUUCCUGAUGUGGGAACGACAUUCUUUUUGCCAAGAUUGGAUGACAAAAUUGGCUACUACACGGCCUUGACUGGUUCGAUUUUGUCUGGGUUGGAUGCAUACUUUUCUGGCUUUGCCACUCAUUAUAUCAAGUCUGAAAAGAUUCCUCAAUUGAUUACUAGAUUGGCCAAUUUGCAACCUCCGGAAAUCGAUGAUGUUUCCAAGAUUUCGUUAGUUUCGGGAAACACUCAAUAUUUCCAACAAGUUAAUGAUAUUUUGAAUGAGUUUAGCGAAAAGAAGUUGCCCGCCGACUACAAAUUCUUUUUGACUGAAGAUGAAUUGGAAUUGAACAAUAAAGCGUUUUCGCAGGAAAACAUCAAUGAUGUCUUAAAAUUCUUUAAAGAACAUAGCGACUCGUCACCAUUUGCUAAAAAGACUUUAGAAAAGUUGUUACAAAAGCCAAGAACUUCAUUAGCUAUUGGGUUCGAAUUGAUGAACCGUGGUUUACAAAACACCAUCAAGGAGCAAUUCACAUUGGAAAUGGUUUCAGCCACAAACAUUCAAAGGUUGCCACCAAAGGAGAAUGACUUUGCUAAGGGGGUCAUUCACAAAUUGGUCGAUAAGAUUAAAGAUCCUUUCUUCCCUAAAUGGAAUGACCCUAGUAUUGUUACUCCAAAAUACGUUUCCGAUAUUCUUACUGAAACCAGAGACACAUUGAAGUUGUUGCCUUCUCCACCAUUGAUCAAAGAGGGAUUUGGCUUGGAUUACAAAGACUACCCAUUGAACUUUGGCUUACCUAGAAAUAAGGAAGUUGCUGCAUACAUCGCCGGUACAGAUGGCUCAAACAGAACCUAUUUACCUACUCCUGCCGAAGUGUUCAAGCACUUCAAAUCCGCAACAAGUGACAAGUUGGGUGUUGAGUUGAAGAUCAAACAAAUCUUGGAUUUGCAUGGAGAAACUGCCAAAUAUGACAACAAGUAUAUAUCUUGGAGAAACUAA